UUGUUGUCGUACCGCCCUCCGCAGCCAAGCGCGAGCAGAAGAUAAUCGCGCAUCGAAGAGCUCAGAACCCGAACUGACCGCUCAAAGGAGAGCUUGUGGACUUUCAAGACCGCAACACGAACAUAUAGGUAGUUUGCUUUCGAUGAAUGAACCUGCCUGAAGCAGAAUCAUGUACCAGGGCCAGGGCAAAGGGCAAAGGAUCGCAGCGAUGGUGCUGAUGGAGCGUCCUGCUAAGAAGAUGUCUGCAGAAGGAGCUCCCUUCCUCGCCAGGACAACCAAGCUGGUCGCCGAGCAUCAAGAGAGUCGACCGCUGCUAAGUCCCUCCAUCGAUGACUUCCUGUCCGAGAGCUGUCAUGACGCCGCUUCCAUGUGCCCCCAAGCAUCCAACGCCUCAGUUGUGAACCUGGUGGACCUCAGCGAGGGCGGAGGUGGAAAUAACACGAGGAGCUUGAUGAGGAGGACCCAAAGCUCCGAAUCUGAGCAAACAGAAGCAAUCCGGAUGGAGGCGGAUCGUCUUCUUCCCGGUCCCGGAAUGCCAGCGAAGACCUCAGCAGACUCAGUGUCGGACACGCGGGACGAGUGCAACAUCCACCUGGAUGACGGUGGGAGGAGGUGUGAGGCACGAGGCCGGGCGGGCGAGCUGCUAUGGUGCGAAUUUGAAAGCCACCUUCAGAGGGACGAGUCAUUAGACGAUUUGGACUUGGAGUCGUCCGGACAGGACAGUGACGUGUCCUCGUGUCGUAGACGGACUUGCUCGCUCUUAGCUAAAAACGAGUCGCUGGAGGACGAGUUUGUGAAAGCCAAGGCUGCUGUGGAGUCGGACACGCAAUUCUGGGACAAGAUGCAGGCCGAGUGGGAGGAGCUUGCUCGCAGGAACUGGCUGGAGGAGGCGGAGAGUCAGAAGCUGACUUUGCCCGCCAUCUCGCCUGUGGGAAAGCCCUACAGUUUCAGCGCCAACAAUCCGUAUAAAGACCGCGGAGGCGUCUUCGCCGAGGCUCAGGACAAAGUUGGCGAGGGAGAUUUAAAUGACGCCGUCCUGUUGCUGGAAGCGGCCCUCUUACAGGAUCCGCUGGACUCGGAGGCGUGGCAAGUUCUGGGAACGACUCAGGCCGAGAACGAGAACGAACAGGCCGCCAUCGCGUCGCUGCAAAGGUGUCUGGAGAUCCGCCCCGACAACCUUCAGGCGCUCAUGGCGUUGGCGGUCAGCUUCACCAACAGCGGCCUGCCACGCCACGCCUGCGGCGCCCUCUACCAGUGGGUGAAACACAACACUCGCUACACCCACCUCAUACAAUCCUCAACUCCACCCAGUGGUACGUUGCAAGACGUGUUGCAGGUCUUCCAGGAGGCGGUUGAGUUGAACGUGGACCACGUGGAUCCGGACCUCCAGACAGGACUUGGAGUCCUGUUCAAUCUGAGUUGUGACUUCGACAAGGCGGUGGAGGCUUUCAGUGAGGCGCUGUCUGUCACACCCCAGGACUACCUUCUGUGGAAUCGUCUGGGCGCCACUCUGGCCAACGGGAAUCGGAGCGAGGAGGCGGUAGAGGCGUACACUCGAGCUCUGGAGCUGCAGCCCGGUUUCAUCCGGUCCAGGUACAAUCUGGGCAUCAGCUGCAUCAACCUGGGGGCUCACAGAGUGGCAGUCACCAACCUCUUGAUGGCCUUGAACCAGCAAAGACGGAGCCAGAGCUGCAGUCAAAACCAGAUGUCGGCCAAUAUUUGGGCAGCCUUACGGAUCGCCGUCUCCACGAUGGACCAACCCGAGUUGUUCCAGGCCGCCAACCUCAAGGACUUGGACCAGCUAAUGGCGGCGUUCCAUGUGGUCGACGAGUGAUGAUGUUGUGAUGACGGUACUUAUCUUUAGUAAAGAAGGUUUUAGAGGAGCUGGAAGUUGGACUAAAAACACCAACGCAAUACAACCUGACUCGAGAAGUCCUCAUGCAAAACACAACGUGAUGUCACGCCUCAGAGACACGCCCACAUUGAUAUCACGCCUCAGAGACAUGCCCACAUUGAUAUCACGCCUCAGAGAGUAAAAACGUUUGUCACAUGACCCAACAAGUUUACGAGGUCAAACAAAGUUUGAUAUUUAACAUCUCGCAUGACCAGUGAUGUCAUGUUUUGGUUCCUCUUUCUUCCAAGUGUUUAAAGCCAUACAAGUGGCGCCUCCUGCAGGUCAACAAGAGAAAGGCUUCAGUCGUCAUGACUAAGUUUGACCAGCAGGUAGCAUCAAACUUGCAACAGCUGCUGAUCUCUGAUUUUGCCCUCAGGUGUUUUAUUUUGUAAUUUAAAAAGUGAACAUAAAGUGCAAUAUUUAUACUAUGAAUUGUUUUGAAAAAUAAUUCAAAUAUAUUGUGAUCGCUUAAUCUUGAUUGACUUUUUACAACAAACCCUCUUCAAGUGUACUACAAUAACCUCCUCCCGCACGCACACACACACACACACAACACAUUC